CACACACACACAGAAACACACACACUAUAUUUUCCUGCUUUCAAACACACACAGAGAAAGAGAGAGAUCAUUAAUUAGGUGUUUUUUCAUGAAUUAGAUACAUGUAUUUGUUCUUUGAGAGGGAAAUCCCGUUUCACUGUACUUUCGGUUUCAAUUCAGGCAUUCCAGCCUACACACACCGAACCGCAAUGGCGUUACUACUUGAAGAACUUCUUACAGAUAUAGGAAAAUAUCUCACAUGUUCAAUAUGCCUUGAUAUUUUCACUGAUCCAGUGACUUUAACUUGUGGCCACAGUUAUUGCAUGAAAUGUUUAGAGGAUUUUCUACGUGGAAGAGCGAAGACGAAGAAGGAUUGUCCCGAUUGCAGAAGAAAAUUUCGACCAGGUUUUAAACUGUAUAAAAAUGUUACACUUUGUAACAUCGUGGAUGUUCAUUACAACCAUAAACGUUUUGCAUCCACUGAAGAAUUUACAAAAGGACAUGAAAUGGAAGCAGACUUCAAUAAGGAUAAACCUGAAGAAUGUGCGGCCUCACACUCACAACAGACUGAUAUCAACAGACCAUCUGAGCUUGGAGGUACUAUACAACAGCAACAGAUGGAGGACCCUGUUGUUAUAAAUGACACAAGCUCAGAAGUGACAGAUGACCGGUGUCCUGAUGUAACAGCCUCCCAUGAUGGCCGGGUUCAGGAGUUGCCCAUCUCCCCUCCCUCAAAUGACAGAUACAGUGCUGAAGCAGGCUUCGCCCCUCCACCCCAUCCCCUGCCUGGGGCCAGCUUCUCCUGGCUCACCUUCAACCCAGCCCAGGGCCACAGGUGCCUGACCUUCCUACCCAAUGAGCACAGAGUGGUGACCAAGAGGACGUCCUCUGCAUGCCACGACGGCCGCUUUGACAUCAGCCAGUGGAUGGCAGAGCAGGAGUUCAGCGAAGGCUGCCACUAUUGGGACGUGGAUACGUCGGCGAGCGUGGGCUGGGCUGUCGGGGUUUCCUACCCCAGCAUUGGCCGCAGAGAUCAGCUGGGUCGCACAGCCAACUCCUGGUGCCUGGAGUGGAGCAGGGACAAGCUGUGCUACUGGCACGAUAACAUAGUGGUGUUUAUCAAACAUGGCUGCCCCAGUAUCGUUAGAUUGGCUCUGGAUGUGACGAAUGGGAUCUUGUCGUUUUAUAGCCUGUCUAACAGUCAGAUUCUGCUGCAUUGUGUGGAGGAGGGAUUCACAGAGCCAGUGAGGCCAGUCUUCUGGCUGUUUGGGCUGAAGCUAAACAAUGCUCUGUCCUUUCCUCCUUGGGUGUCAUAAGGUGAUGUGAAGACGGGGACAACAUAAAGAGUUGUCUGUUUAUCAAUGAGAUAAAUAAAAACAAUUUUUUAGUAAUGAAUAUAUUUAGCACAAUAUUCCUAUUAGAUGUGAAACUAAAAUGACAAUCACCUAUAUGUUUGUAUGUUGCUUUUU